CCGCGGUCCAAGACGGGCGUAUCUUUCGAUCAGCUUUGCCUCGCCUUUCGAUAACCUUUUGAUGCCGGGUAAACGUGUCCGCCAACCUGGUCGAUGAAUUUCCGUCAUGGGUGUCGCCUGACGGUGUGCCUUGUAUAUAGGGCUCACGGGCAUCGCUGGAACAUCUCCUGUUGCACAUCAAGCAUUUUGUAACGACAAGGAACCAACAUGCAUCUCUCGACCAUCGUCGCAUCUCUGGCAUUGGCCAGCUCAGUCUUGGCAGUCCCAACCAACUCCAAGACGAAGGAGCCCAGCCUGUACAAGGCAUACCGUGAUCGAGGCCGCGACUUCAUCGGAACAGCUCUAACCAUCCGGGAUGAGCCUGCUGAGCCCGAGAUCAUUGACCAGGACUUCAACUCUGUCACCCCUGAGAACGCCAUGAAAUGGGAGUCUACGGAGCCGUCUCGAAACAACUUCACUUUCGCCGGCGGUGACGCGGUCGUCACAUUUGCGAAGAAGUACGACCAGCAGAUUCACUGCCACACUCUGGUUUGGCACAGCCAGCUUCCCAAUUGGGUUUCCAGCGGAGGUUUCGACAACCAGACGCUAAUCUCCAUCAUGGAGAACCACAUCAAGAACGUUGCCGGUCGCUGGAAGGCAGCUUGCACCCGCUGGGACGUCGUCAACGAGGCCUUGAACGAGGACGGUACCUACAGGAAGAGCGUAUUUCUCGACACCAUCGGCGAGGCGUACAUCCCCAUCGCGUUCCGGCUCGCGGCUAAGUAUGCUAAAGGCUCCAAGCUGUACUACAAUGACUACAACCUUGAGUACAACGGUGCGAAGACUGAGGGCGCAAAGAAAAUUGUCAAGCUCAUCAAGUCUUAUGGUGUGAGGAUCGAUGGUGUCGGGUACCAGGCUCACCUCGCUAGCGAGUCCACACCAACCGCUCCUGGUGCAGUACCUGACCAAGCCACACUGGAAGCCGCGCUGAAGGCUACUGCCAACGAAGGCGUUGAUGUCGUGUACACCGAGAUCGACGUCCGGAUGAACACCCCUGCUACUCCUGAGAAGCUGAAAGUUCAGGCUGAUGCUUGGGAACGCAUCGCAAGGUCCUGUAUCGCUGUAAAGCGAUGCGUUGGCAUGACUGUGUGGGGUAUUUCGGACAAGUACUCGUGGAUCCCUGGCGUGUUCGCUACCGAGGGUGCGGCGCUAUUGUGGGAUGAAAACUACCAGAAGAAGCCUGCUUAUAAUGGGUUCUUAAAGGGUAUCAAGGAGGGCAAGAAGAACUAAGCGUGAUUACAGGCUUUGAAAAAGAAAUAGAUCAAAUACGUGCAUGUGUCUCUACAAUGUGCAAUUCUGU